UGAAAAAAAAUGGUGAAAAAUCAAAUAUGAAAUUAUAGUCAAUUAAAUCUUCAAUACUUAAAUUAAAUACUUAAUUAGUUACCAAAAUUAAUUUGUAAGUUGUACAUAAAGGUUUGAGACUAACACAUUCAGCAUGGCCAGUUUCGCAGCGCAGGCAGCACUUCGAUCAAAAUGGACUUCGUUGGUCGAAGAACAUACCAUUGAAGUUCCUCCUGAAGUUACUAACAAAGUUACUAGUGUUGUCGGAUGGCUAAAACAGGCAUCGUUGGAAGUUCGGGCAGCAGGUAGAAGGGCAGUCCAUACCUUAGCUGGAGGAACAAUGGCUCAAAAUCUGGUAAUUCUGCAUUUCAAUGACGUAUACAAUGUAGAACCCCGCGCAUCACCUGAACCAGUCGGGGGAGCUGCUCGGUUCUGCACUGCAAUUAAAAGCUUCCAAAAUCUUAACCCGCUAAUACUUUUUAGUGGCGACGCCUUCUCGCCGAGCAUGCUAAGCACAUUUACGAAAGGGCAGCAGAUGGUUCCCGUUUUAAAUAGUAUCGGUGUGCACUGUGCCGUUUACGGAAAUCAUGAUUUUGAUCAUGGUUUGGAUGUUUUAUCACAGUGGGUUGCGCAAACUGAGUUUCCAUGGUUGAUGUCUAAUGUGUUGGAUAAUGAAACUGGUCGGCCACUUGGAGAAGGUCGAAUUACGUAUGUGAUACAUUCGGCUGGACGGAGGAUAGGUUUGGUUGGUUUAGUAGAAUUGGAGUGGUUAGACACACUGCCGACUAUUAAUCCGGAAGAAGUCACAUUCUUAGAUUUUGUUGAAGCAGGGCAAAAAUUAUCAACUCAGCUUAAGCAAGAGGGAUGUGAUUACGUGAUAGCUUUAACUCACAUGAGAACACCAAAUGAUGUAAAACUAGCCGAAGAAUGCGAUGACAUCGAUUUAAUCUUAGGUGGUCACGAUCACGUGUACGAAGUCAAAGUUGUGAACGGAAAGCAUAUAAUUAAAAGUGGAACAGACUUUAGGCAAUUCAGUAAAAUAACUAUUAGUUUUAUUAGUAAUGGUUCUCCAGACGUUUCGGUGGAAGAAAUUAACGUCACAUCAGCCUUCUCAGAAGACCCCAAAGUCAAAGAGAAACUAGAAAAGUAUACUAGUAUAGUCGAGGGGAAAUUGGACGAAGUUCUGGGGUGCUUCUCUGUGCCUCUUGAUGGGCGAUUUACAUCCAUCCGAACAUCUGAGUCAAACUUAGGAAAUUGGGUUUGUGAUAUUGUAUUAGCGGCCACCGGUGCUGAUUUAGUAAUACUAAACUCAGGAACAUUUAGAUCAGACCAAGUGCAUCCAGCAGGUGAUUUCACCUUACGUGAUCUAGUAAAUAUUAUCCCAAUGCGAGAUCCGUUAGUCGUGUUGUUAGUGACGGGCGAACAAGUACUGGCAACAUUGGAAAAUGCGGUUAGCCAAUAUCCUAAGUUGGAAGGACGGUUUCCGCAAGUUGCUGGUUUAAGUUUUGCUUUUGAUCCUCGUAAACCACCCGGACAACGUGUUGAUGUAUCGUUGAUUCGUAUAGGCGACGAAUAUGUGAAGCUUCAGCAGACAUAUCGCCUUGCAACCAAGCAUUAUAUGUCUUCUGGAAUGGAUGGUUUUUUGAUUCUGAAAAAUGCCCAGGUUGAGGUUAGUGAAGAAGAAUGCCCUGAAUUAGGUUUGACUGUGCAGAAUCACUUUCAAGCAAUCAAUAUGCGCUUGGGUAAAACACGGAAACAAUCAAAACAUAGGCAAUCAUUGGUUACUCUUUCUAGAAGACACAGUUUAGUAAAAAUGUUAGAUGGAAGUGAAUUAGAUGGUCCACCACCCCUACGUCGCGCUAGUACAAUAGAAUCUCCAACAGUACCACAAACCAGCCACCACUCUGGACCGCGUUUAACGCGAAGGGCAUCCUUAGACGAUCUUGAGUAUGAAUCUUGCCAGUUAACGCCAAAAAUUGAUCACAGAAUUAUUGUUAUAAAUAACGAUGAGAAAAGACAAGAGUUAUUAAUCCAGCGACAAAGAAUUGAGGAAGAUUCAGUAAUACAAGAGGUAGAUGAAUGUUCACCACAGAAUUAAUUCGAAUAAGUGGUAGUUUAGUAGGCAUGAAGUCUAUUAGUGUAGCAAAAUUGUCCUUACUUUGUCAGUAACAUGUAAAAGAUAGGAAAGAAAAUUAAUUUGAAUUUAGUGCCAGCUAAUAAUACUCAUUGUUUUUUCUAUAUUGAUUGCGCAACGUUUCUCAAUUUGCAAAGUUUCAAUAUUAAGAUUUAUUUUUCUGAUGGUAGCGUAAGAGGCAAAUUUGUGAAAUGAGUUCAAGGAGGGUUUUAAGGAUUUGAUUUAGUGUCUUAGAUAAGGAAGUCAAAGGUUGUGCAAAACUGCAAAGUAUAUUCCAAGGUUGUAACUCAUGUUCUAGAAUCUAGAUAACCUAAGAUAUGCGUUCACUUUUACCUCGACACAUUUGACAACCUAUUAUAGUAAAUAAUCAACACGUGAACAUGCUCAAAAUCGUACCCAUAUUCGACAAACAGAAGAACCAACCAUUUCCAAUUCGAAAACAAUUCAUCUACCUACCAUUUUGUUGUUAGCAGUCUGGGCCCCUCUGUGUGUAAUGCACAUGAUGGUUCGAAAUUCACAAUGUUAUUUUCAUAAAUUAUUGACACUCCCUUCAUUAUUUCUGGUUUUGCAUAAACGGAUAAAAUAUAACAAUAUGCAUGUGAUGAUACCUUACCAUUGAAUAUAGUUAUUUAAUAACCUUGCUUAUUCAUAAAUAAUUUAUAAAAACUAACCUACACCUAUUUAUAGAUAAUUCUCUGUAUCUGUGUUUUAAAAUAUCCAGAUAUAUAUAUCUGUUACUUUUAUAAAUUAUUGCACAUUUUUCCAAAACGGAAAAUAUAUGCAUGGCAAGGGUACAUUGACUUGAUUACUCUCUUUACCAUGAGAGUAUGCAAUUAGCUUAUAGUUCUCAAAAAUUCACUUUGGUUCCCAUCUUCCAUUUACAUUUAAGUAAACAUUUCCCAGUGUAUUACGUGCUUCAAUUAAACGCACACCAUAUUUAAUUUGACUAAGUACAUAUAAAGAUAUGUUAAUAUUAUCAGCACAUAUUUUUUAAAACAUGAUUCACGUAUUUUGGUACUUAUAUUGUAUAUAUACAAAGAUAUGAAGAAAUAGCCAUAUUCUGUUGAUUCUAUAUACAAAUCUUACAAUAUAAAAAUAUUCAUAAUUGGUAAACUAUAUCCAAGGCUAAGAAAUAAUUAAAUAGCUAGGAGAUCUUUGAUGAACGGUCGGAGCGUAAUUGUAAUUAGUAAGUAGUUAAAUUUUUGAAUUGAACUAAAAAAGUGCUUUAUAUCUGUGAUUACUUAUAAUUUACCAUAUCAAAGACGUAAUACUUUUGUGUGCUAAAAUGGUUCGUUCUUUUUAGAGUGCCUGCCUUCGCAUAGACUUGCUAGUAGAGCAAACAUGCUUAGUUAAUUGUAUGUAAAAAGUAGUAGAUAUAGGUAGAUGCAAGUACAAAGUUAUGUCAAUUUUCAAUUAAAUGAUUGUGCAAAUCAAUGGUUAUGGUAAUUGCAGAUCUCCGUGUUUUUGCUUUGCCUUGCAGAAUUUGUUGUGGUAUUAGUGAUAAGUGAAUGUAACUAUUAUUUCAAAAUCAUCAUACACAUUUGUGUACUCAUAACGAUUAAAUUAAUUAAUCAGUUGCACUUUGAGUAAUGAUUCACCCAACUUAUAUUCUCAUCAGAAACAUACGUAUAUAUUGUACGACGCUCAUUAAUCUCUGAAAUUAAAAUUAAUGAAGGAAAUUGUUGCAUUUAACAUCGAAAGUAUUCCUUCCAGUUAUUAUACCAGGAAAAUGAUUGUAAAGCUGUAAAUGUGCUCUCUAUGGUAGUCUGUCUCGGUGAUAUCUGUGUUUAGGGUAUUUAUUUACUUUCUGUAGUAGAAUUAAGAUAAGUUUUUAAGCGUAAAUUGUUAUGCGUUAUUGCGUUCACAUGUCAAUAGCAAUUAUGAUGUAGAAUACUGUGGAUAUAAUGUGACAGGCAAAUGAACACCAAAGUGAUAUCGAUACUUGAUAUUUAUUUCUUUGUUAUAAAGUGUACAUGUAUUGUUUAAAAUAAAGUAUUGCUUUAAUUAA